CCUUCCUUCCUCCCCUCCCUCCCUGGCUCCCGCCCGCCGGUUCUGGGACCGCAGCCACGUCUGAAAGCGCUUCAUUGUGUGCGCUCCGCUCCAGGCGGGCAGCGCCUAGCAGCGCGCAAGCAGCAGACAGCCGCGCAGGUUGCCUCCACCUUGGGUCCCGAGGUGCCUCCAAUAUCUUGGUAUCGGUAGAGUUCCAUCCCUGGUAUCAUCGGGUGCCCCUUAAAAGCCUUGGGACCCUAGAGAACAAAGCAGCCCCUACGGACUCCCAGGGAAGAGACAGCAGGCUGUGGAGUGGAACUCGGAAGAAACGACAGGAAGAAGCUUUUGCGGAGCCUCAGGAGAGAGGUGUCUGCCCCCUCGCUGCGCCAGGUCAGCCUAGGACGGCAAGCUUUGGGGCCGUAAGGCUCCUCUGAGCCUCUCCCAUGGAUCUGUGAUCGAGGUGGGCAGCUCUGCAGGCAGGCAGCCCUGGACAGGGGCACCCCCCAGCCGGCGGCAUGUGGCUGCCGCGCAUCUCCAGCACAACGGUGACGGUGCUCCUGCUGGCGCAGACUGGCCUCCUGCUCUUCCUGGUCUCCAGGCCCAGGCCUAUGUCCCCAGUGGGUGGUGAGGAACGGGUGCACGUGCUGGUGCUGUCCUCCUGGCGCUCGGGUUCUUCCUUCGUAGGCCAGCUCUUCAGCCAGCACCCCGAUGUCUUCUACCUGAUGGAGCCCGCGUGGCACGUGUGGGCCGCCCUAUCGCAGGGUAGCGCCCCUGCGCUGCACAUGGCUGUGCGUGACCUGGUUCGCUCGGUCUUCCUGUGCGACAUGGAUGUGUUUGACGCCUACCUGCCCUGGCGUCGCAACCUGUCUGACCUCUUCCAAUGGGCAGUGAGCCGUGCGCUGUGCUCGCCACCGGCCUGCAGCGCCUUCCAGCGCGGUGCCAUCAGCAGCGAAGCUGUUUGCAAGCCGCUGUGCGCACGGAGGCCCUUCAGCCUGGCUCAGGAGGCCUGCCGCUCCUACAGCCACGUGGUGCUCAAGGAGGUACGCUUCUUCAACUUGGAGGUGCUCUACCCGCUGCUCACCGACCCAGCGCUCAACCUGCGCAUUGUGCACCUGGUGCGCGACCCGCGGGCGGUGCUGCGCUCCCGUGAGCAAACGGCCAAGGCGCUGGCGCGCGACAACGGCAUCGUGCUGGGCACCAACGGCACGUGGGUGGAGGCCGACCCUGGCCUGCGCGUGGUGCGCGAGGUGUGCCGCAGCCACGUGCGCAUCGCCGAGGCAGCUACCCGCAAGCCGCCGCCCUUCCUGCACGGCCGCUACCGCCUGGUGCGCUUCGAGGACCUGGCUCGCGCGCCACUGCCUGAGAUCCGCGAGCUCUACUCCUUCGCAGGCCUGAGCCUCACGCCGCAGCUCGAGGCCUGGAUCCACAACAUCACGCACGGGUCCGGGCCCGGUGCGCGUCGCGAGGCCUUCAAAACCACUUCCAGGGACGCGCUCAACGUCUCCCAGGCCUGGCGCCACACGCUGCCCUUUGCCAAGAUCCACCGCGUGCAGGAGCUGUGUGCAGGCGCGCUGCAGUUGCUGGGCUACCGGCCCGUGUUCUCUGAGGACGAGCAGCGUGACCUCGCCCUGGACCUGGUGCUGCCGCGUGGCCCAAGCAGCUUCAGCUGGGCAUCAUCCAUCUCCAUGCGCCCUGGGCCUUAGCAGAGGCCCUCAGUUGUGGCCGUUGCCAGGGCUGGGACACUAUGGUGUGUGGAUGGAGCUGGGGCACAGGCCACUCCUGGAGGGGCUGGAAGUUGGCCAGUCUUCACCUGUAGUUGAAAAAGACUGUGUCUCCAAACUCCUUGUUUCUUUCCCCCCACUUCUUGACUUUCCUUCGAGUCCUGUUUUGGAGCUGGGUUCCCACCAGGGGCUCUCUUCAUGGAAAGUAAAUCUCGUGCCCCUACUUCCUCUGGGCACAGGGAAUAGUUGAGACGACUUGAUUCCUACCCAAGCUCUUUCCUUCCCCGUAUCUCUCUCUUUCCUUGGAAUGCAUCACCCAGCAGUUAAGCAGGGUGUCUCCUCCCUGCCUGGAAGUGGAGGGGUGCUGUGAUGAGCUGACCCAUGAAGCCUGUACAUCGCCCCACACACACCGCAGACUCUAUUCCCACCAUGUCCCUGGCACCACACUCUAUCAGAGCUGUUGACAUUUAUAUUCACCUGUAUGUUCAACAAGAAAUCAGAUAAGAUAGCUCUUAUACUGUGGGCCCCCCUUAGCCUCUCUCUGCCCCAUCUCCCAGAAGCCCACACCCCCCAUCACCGGCCCAGGUAAAGUGAAUCUUUGAUUUGUCCUGACAGGAAAGAUCCUAUCCACAGAAAUAAACAUAAUAAUUAACCUGUGUGGUACA